AACCUUCUACUAGGGCGCUUUCAGGUAAUCCAUAUUCCUCCGCUUGAGUCUCCCAAACAAUCACACAACAGUGCACUCAAAUUGAGAGAUUCCCGGAUGAAACUGUCAUGGCCGCUGUAAGUGACCUGCAAAGCUAGCAAGGAAGGAAAGGUUGGGGAGUAGCUGAAAGAAAACUGGAUGUUUCCAGUGUUCAGAAAGGAAAAUAUAAAAAUACCUGGAAACUAAACAUGGAACCAGACAAGAAGACACACCCAGAAAAUAACAAAACAAACACUGCUGCAACACAAAACUGUGAAAAUGGAGAGGAAGGCGAAGAGAAAAGUGCCGCUUCAUACUCACAGCUGUCAGGAGCUGCAGCUAAACAGCAGCAGCACUGUCAACCUGCGUGGAAACAUCUUAAAGUUGUACUACCAAGAAUAAGUACUCUGGAUCAAAGUCUUUGUCAAGAAACAAGCGAGGCAUCUGACAAACCAAGAGGCAGAGUGCAGACAGCAAGAAAAUCUUUAAGGAAUACAUCUGGAAAGGAAAGCCAAGUAACAGAAACCUGCAAUGCACAGCAUUUAGAACCUAAAAAACCCAUAGAAGAGGCGAAGGUUCAUCCCAAAAUACUAAAUUUCAGGUGUUCUUUAUGCAAGAGUGAUGUUCGGUUUAGUCCAAAUGACUUCUUGAAACAUUACCAAGUAGAACAUGAGGGAUAUACGCCUAUCUAUCCUUGCAACAUGUGCAAUUAUUCCACUUAUGACUUUCAAAUACUUCAGCAACAUCGGCUGACACACCGUGAUACAAUGGUCAGAUGUGAUGUUUGUAAUGAUGGCAUUCAUUACCCUUUACUGCAGCUUACUCGGCACUUCAAUAUUGAACACAGUGUAAACGGCCAUUUCAGUUGUGAAAAGUGCAAGUUCUCCACAAAAGAUGUAGGAACCUUUGUACAGCACAUACAUAGGCAUAAUGAAAUUCAGUACAAGUGUGACAAAUGCUCGCAUGUCUGUUAUUCAAAAGGAGAGUUUCAGAGACAUCUUGUAGUUCAUACUUGCUCAUUUCCAUUUUACUGUCAGUUUUGUGACUAUGGGGCAAUACGUAAAGACUAUAUUCUAAAGCAUAUGACCGCUUUACAUAGUGAUCAAAUUGAAAAAAAGUGCAAGUGGAAGGAAAAUGGAGACGGCACAAAAAAAUUGGCAAAUGCUUCAACAGGGUUGAUGCCUUUAUUGCCUAGGAAAGCAAUUGGAACAUCAAGGGAAGCAAAUUGGGAGACUAAAGCACUGCAUUCACUAAGAAGAGGUAUUCUAGAUGAAUGUGGGAGACUGUCUAGUCCAGAACAGACUUUACAAGAGACGCAACAUUUUUUGGAGAGAACUGUGGUUAGUGAAAAAGACAAUGUUCAACAAAGGCUUGUAACAAAAAGGAAUGAUCAACACCCUACACGCCCAGUAUCUGUACCCCUGCCUACUCCUUCACAGUUAGAAAGAGUUUUAAAUUCUAAUGGAGGUUUCAUAAAAACAGGCAUCAAUGGAUCAUCUCUGCUAAUGGUGAAAAAUAAAAUAUCCAUUCCACCAAAUUGUACCACUAAAUUUAUGGGGUUCAAGAUGGUAGCUGGAAAACGUCACCUAGUGCUCAAGGUAAUACCAGCAUCUAAGGCAGACUCUUCUACCCCAAAGUUGCAGUCUUCCUCUGAAAAUGAUGCAAAUGGCCCUUUGCAAGAGAAACCCCUUGAAAAAACAGAUCAACAAAUUGAAGUGCAAAAUGAAGAAGUGCAAGGAAACAGCAAUCCAAAUGCUGAAAAUUGUGAGUCUGCAACAUCUAAAAUAACUUCUCUGUCUGGUUCAUUAUCUGGAUGUUUAGAGACUGUGGAGUUGGGGAGCACCCCAGGAAAGCUUACAGUAAAUGUAGUUUCAGACCAUGCAAAAAAUGAAGUGCAAGUCCAAAGUCAGAGUUUCUCCUCAGAAGCAUGUACAGACAUGGAUGCAACAGUGCAAGCUGGGAAUAAUAUAUUUUCUGUAAGUGAAAUUUCUGUUCAGAAUGACCAACCAUCCUCUGCUGCUCUGCUAUCAAAUGAAACCGAGCAGGAACAGGAAACAGUGCUUUCUAAACACAAACAGUCAUCAGAAGGUUCUUUGGAAAACAUUGUGACAGAGAAUGAAAAUAAAUGCCUUCAUAAUUCUUCAAGCCAAGAAGUUUUCAGUUUCCACAACUACUCCAAAGAUACAUGCAAGGCUUGCAGUGAGUUUUCUGAGACCGUUCCAGAUGCAGAAGAAAAUGAAGAUGAGAGUUCAGAGCUUCAGAAGUUGCAUGAUAAAGAUGAUUUUCAAGAUAGGAAAGAAUUACCGUCUGGGAACACAAUAGCUGGGGACUUGGUUCCAGAAGUCUGUGAUGUAAAUAAUGAGGUUAUCAUUGAAGAUGUUGAACAGGCGUCUACCAACGCAGAACAGUCUUCUGUAGAAAAUGAAUCGGAGAAUGAAAAAGAAACAGAUAAAGCUAUUCUGACUGCAGAAGAGAAUUCUGAACAGCAUGCUGAUGCUUUGGAUGAAACUCCAGAUGAUGUAGAUUCCCCUUUAAUGUCAAAAAUGACAUCCGUGUUCUCCUUUCAAAGUAAAAGUGAUGCAAGCCAUUCAGACCUCAACGUUAACCACCACCCAGAGCAAGAACUUGAAACCGAGAAGAAGAAAUCUGAUUUGGCUAAAGACAUUUCUGAAGGUGAAAGCUAUUGUGGAAAUAAGUCUACACCAAGAGCUGAUGUGCUAGGUCAGAUUCUCAAAAAGCAUUCGGAUGCAAUAAUAAAUCAGCAGUUGGUAAAGGACAGGAUGGGUACAUCCAGUCAAGGACCUCUUAACCUGUCUGCUGGAACUAUGAGGAUCCUUCAGCCUUCAAACCUAACAGAAGGAAACAAACAUGUUUUGCUUAAGUCUCCGCAGAAUGGACUUUUAUUACCACUGCAACUGGGAAGCCAAUCAGGACUACAGGUACUUACAGGUGUUUCAGUUCCUCAAAUAAAUGUAACUUCUCUGCACACUGGAAACAAACAACCUGAUAAACAAACUGGUCUGUCCUUUACUAUAAGUAAUGGAAGAAUUGGGGCAGUCACCAAGAUUGUGGGUGAUAGCAGUUCUCUGCUUUUAGGUCACAGGGCAGCUAAUGUUGAUGGAAAUAAUGUGCUUUCUAAGUCUGGACUACAAAUAGGAAAUUCUGUUAGCCCCAACACAGGUCAUAUUCUUGUGAACGGAACGCCUCUUCAAGGCUCUUUAAUCUUGUCAAAUUCCAUCUCAUCACUUGCUGGAGAAAAGACAACAAACUUACCAACAUGUUUCUUCAUCAAGAAACCACCACCAGAGGGUAUGAGUAUUUCAGGCCACAACAGUUCCUCUGUUGGCCAGUGUUCUCAAGUUCAACAGACAAGUCCCGCCACACCAGUGACAAUUAAUCCCAUUGGAAAUCCUGUUUUAUCUGGCGGACGACAAGCGUUUUUAGUCAAGCGAAUAACUCCAGUUAAACAGAGCAUACUUUUGAACAGUCAGAUGGAAGGAAGAGUUGAUCAAGAUUCACCAGUCAAAAAAGGUGGAGGCGGUACACAGAAUUUCUUAUUAAAGAUUGUUAGAAGUCCUGCUGAUAAGAAACCAGCUGGCAGCAGUGGUGAUCCAUUCAAAAGAGAAGUUUCAGCUUUCACUGCAGAUGAGUCUCGGGCUGUUCUUCGAACUGUUACACAGGUACAGCAGCAAAUAUUUCUGGCAAGUGGUGCUAUACAAUCACCGUAUAUACUGAUGUCAUCAAACCAGUCCUUUGCAAACCUCUCCAUGAGUAGUAUUUCGUCAGGGUCUUUGCACAAUUCUACAAGUCCACCGAUGUCUACAGUUGCACAGUUGUUUAGAGGUUCAUCCCUGGCAAAUGUUCAAGCCAGUGGAACUGAAGUAAACAAGUCUGCUGUGAUUAGUAAAAGCAGGGAGUUCCAGAAAGAUUGUCCACGACCAAAACAAAUUUUCCCAAAAGCCAAUAGAAAGAGGCAAAGGAAACUAACACCUGAGGAAGACUGCAGAGAGCCACCAAAGGCAAAGAGAGCAUUAAAUACAAAAUGGAAAGAAAAUGAAAAAGAUAAACUUGUAAUGCACGACACUAGCAGAACGGUGCCAAAGGACAUUGAAAGGACAAUGAGGCUUGUGCCCUUUAGUCCUUCACAGCUCACAAAAUGCCCACGAAGAAACCAGCCAGUAGUUGUUCUUAAUCACCCAGACGCAGAUGUCCCUGAAGUAGUUAAUGUAAUGCGGACAAUUAACAAGUUUAAAGGACAUGUAUUAAAGGUAGCAUUAUCGCAAAGAACAAUAGAUGCUCUUUCUGAACUGGAAUGCGACUCUCAUCCUCAGGCAACAUCACAGGACUUCCGGUCAAUUCGAGGACGGAAGGUUAAGCCUGUAAGUCCUGUGAAGGAGAGAUACAUUCUGAAAUUAAAACUUAAAAAGACUAGCAGGAAUAAAUAUAAAGUAGUGAACUCUACCUCCAACAAUUCUGUGAAAUCUACCUUUAGCUGUUGGUUUUGUGGCAGACUUUUUACAAACCAGGAGGACUGGAUAGGGCACAGCCAGCGGCAUCUCAUGGAAGCGACCAGAGACUGGAACACAUUGUUUUAAACCAACAAAGACAAUGAGGAUGUCUGCAAAGAUAGGCCUGUUCAUUAAUACCCAGUCAUGCAAUCAGUUUAUAUGUGAUAGUUGAAAUACAUACAUAUAUAUAUUUUUUAAUAUUAUUAUUUGGUUCCUGUAGCACUGGAAAAGCCAUUGUGAAAACAGACACUAUUUUUUCUUUAACAUUGGCACAAUAUUCCUUAAUGUGAAAUGCAGAAGUGCUGGUGAAUUAAAUCUCAUGUAAUCAGUUUUAUGGGGUUGCCGACAAACUCAGAAGAUUGAUAGAUAGAUGUCUUCCAAUUCUGUGUUGUUGGUAUUUGGAUUACAGUUACUUUAUUAUUCUUAUGUUUAAAUUAUUUGGUCAAAUGGAAUGUGAAGAAAUUCUUUGUCUGUGCAGUCAGCAUUUUCCUUGUAUUUGUAGGGUGAAUAAUGUGAGUGUGUGUCUGUUGUUUGUGACUUGUGAACAUAUAGUGUGUGUGCAUGAUGGUGACCUUUGAGACAUAACUCAGGUGACGCAAAGCUUCAUUUUGCAGGAGCAGCAACAUUCCUGUAAUACAUAUAAUGUUUAAAAAUUACAUUGUUGUCCACUGCUAUGGAAAUGAAAGGACAUGGCUUUAUAUAAAAAGGCAAGUAAUUAAAUCUAUUUACCAGGAGACAAACUGCUGAUUUAAAAAUAUCCUCUUCAAAUGUCAAAAGGCAGGUAUGCUACGUGCUUCUGGGUCAUAUUUUUAAUAGGUCCCAAAAAAAACCCUAACAUUUCAACACUAGCUUACAGAUCAAUUUACUGGAUGUAAUAUUGUACAGAUCUAAAAAUGAUUUAGUUUUCUAUUAACUGUAUGUCUGUCUUGUUGACAUUUUUUACUUUAGUGGUUUCAAAUCACACCGUACUGUAUAUAUAAAUUUAAAAUAAUCCCUGUGGAAAAUAUAGGUCUGUUUACUGUUCUCUUGAGAAUACAACAGCACUGGAUAACCAAAUUCAUGUUUAUAUUUUUUUAUGCUUUAGUUAAAUCUUUUACAAUUGAUAUUUACAUAAUGUGUACCACACAAUGCUUUUCUUUUUUCUUUCUAUCAGUAGGUUAAAGUAUUUCCUAACACAGGGAAAAUAGCUCAGCAAAUAUAUAUAUUUUUUAAAUUCCAUCUGAAUAAGUGCCUAAGAUGUGCCCUUACUGGCUUACACUACAGUGUACUGUAAAACACUGUUAAUGUUUAUACUAUGUACACUGAGAACCGUAAUAAAUGUAAAUACUUGUAAAACAUGUCAAUUUUGUAUAUUCGACUCUAAUACUGUUUGAAGAUGUGUGGAUCAAUUCAGGAGUAGGUCUAAUUUAAAGGAUUGAUUUUCAUAAACUUGGCACUCAGAGGGGCCUAUAGUAAUACUCUAAACAAUUACAGUGUGUCUAAUAUAAUUUGUCCUAUUCUGAGAGAAAAUAUUGAGCAUUUACUGUUUUUGAUUAUGUUUAUAAUUGAGGAAAGAUGUUUUUGAGCCAGCUUGGGCUCUUCAUUAAAACAUCAUGAAAACUAGUUGUAGUUUAUAAUUAUUAUUUUUCGAGCAAUAUGUAUAGGAUAACACUCGAUAUGUAUGGUAUCGUCCCUCUUUGAACUGCUGCAGCUGAUAUUUUGUGCUGAAGUACUAGGAGAAAUACAUUGCAUCAUAGAGGUGAGGACUCUUAUUUUAUCAUUCAAUCAGACAAACUUUCUGAUGUGCAACUAAAUAAGCUUUUUCCCUUGUGAUACCUACCUGAAAAGACCAGUUCUUCUGUAUAACACCAUAAUGAGGUUCUAUUGGAUAUUACACAUCCACUAGUGUUGAUGAUUUAAAAACAGGGUUCUUCCUGAAUAAAUAGAGGAUACUGAAUGAUUGUUUGUCGUAUAUGUUUUUUUAUUUACCGCAGGAGGUUGUCCCAGUAAGGACAUCCUCCUAAUGCGAAUAAAAACUAUAUACCACAAACUACAAGUAUAUUUUUUAAAAUAAUGAAAUUUGUAAUUUUUUUUUUUUUAUAUUCAAUCAACUAAUUCAGGGUUUAUUUUACCUGGCAGAUUUUUUUUAUUGUCAACAGACUAUGCUUCGACGUAGAUUAAUUUCAAACCCUGUUUAUGGCCAGCCGUCUUUAGCUAGGACCUGGAGCUCAGUCUGUCGGUUUCAGCAGCACACCACUGGAUUGGAAUGUAAGCAAAGAUACAUUUGAAAAUAGUCCCGGGAAGCAUGUUAAUCCACUUAAGUGGAAUAACAAAAAUGUAUCCCAUGCUAGACAUAUCUCUGCUUGUGGUACAAUACAAUAUAAAAUAUAUUUAAUGAGAUGCCACUUUGUAUAGUAAUACUGCUAUAGAAAAAGAAAUAAAAAAAAAAAAAAAAAGGAUUGGCCCAAACUGUCUGACUCCUUGUGUUCUUGCAUGAAUUGCCUAAUAUGACAUUUGUCUUGAAAAAGGGGUUUCUUGUGUAAAUGACAUUAAAACACUACACAGCAGUAUUUUCAUUGGUUAGAAUUUUUUUUGACAGCAGAUUUAAAUGCCUACAUUAUUAAAAAAAAAAAAAACUACAUAAACAUACACACAAAUGAAUGUCAAACAUUUUUUUCUAGCA